UUUUUCUGCGACACCGUUCAACGAGUAGUACGACUCAGCUGGGGUGAUUGUUGAGUGCCAAAAAAGCUCUCUUCCUCUUCAAAGACAAAGGUUUUUUUCAGAGGAUUUUCAACCCAAAAACUCACCCCUAAGAGCUUCUCACUCACUGUGGUAAAGUAUUCAACAGAGCGAAAGAAGUAAUGGGUAGUAAGCUUGAAGCUUGUGCAGAAUGUACUCUGAACUGUUUGCAGGAUCAUGGGAACAAGAAAAAAGCCUCAACUGUUGUCGCCUCUUUUUUCAAAAUCAUGAUCGGAGAUCAGCUUUCUAAAGUUUUGUUCUUGCCUCCUAAGUUUGCUCCUACUGUGUCAGCAUUGGUCAAUAAAAAAGCUGUUCUUGAAGAUUCACGAGGGCGGCAGUGGAAAGUUACGAUAUCUAGAGUUGAUGGCUCCCUUGCUUUUCAACAAGGAUGGAAUGCAUUUGCAUUAUACAAUGACCUACAAGUCGGAGAAUUUCUUAUCUUCAAUUAUGUUACAGAUUCACAUUUUGAUGUUAAGAUUUAUGACAAGUCAGGGUGUGAGAAGCUCAAGUUUCCUGAGGCCAUGAAUCAGAAGAAAUGGACGUGGGAUAACCAAAAUUCCUCUGUCAAAGAUGGUCCUUGCCACACAGUUGAUAACAGUUUGAUGGACAAACAGGAUUCAAGCACCUCUCUUAUGUCUGACGCAGAUGAAGAUAUAGGUCAAGAUCUGGAUCCGAUGAAUGCCAAGAGGAAAGCACCUAUGGUCAUGGGAAAUGCUUCAAAGUGUGAUAAUAGUCAUGACAGGUCAAAGCUUAAGCUGAAAGAACCAGAUAGAGAUAUAGGUCAACACCUGUAUGAUAUGAAUUCCAAGAGGAAAGCACCUAUGGUCAUGGGAAAUGCUUCAAACCGUGAUAAUAGUCAUGAAAGGUCAAAGCUUAAGCGGAAAAAACCAGAUGGAGAUGUAGGUCAAGAUCUGUAUGGUAUGAAUGCCAAGACGAAAGCACCCGUGGUCACUGGAAAUGCUUCAAACUGUGAUAAUAGUCAUGAAAGGUCAAAGCUUAAGCUAAAAGAACCGGAUGGAGAUAUAGGUCAACACGUUUGUGGUAUGAAUGCCAAGAGGAAAGCACCUGUGGUCACCGGAAAUGCUUUGUGUGAUAAUAGUCAUGAAAGGUCAAAGUAUAAGCUGAAAGAACCAGAUGGAGAUAUAAGUCAAGAUCUGUAUGGUAUGAAUGCUAAGACGAAAGCACCUGUGGUCACCAAAAAUGCUUCAAACUGUGAUAAUAGUCAUAAAGGGUCAAAGCUUAAGCUGAAAGAAUCAGAUGGAGAUAUAGAUCAACACCUGUAUGAUAUGAAUGACAAGGGGGAAUGUACAAUUGCAACAGAAAAUGCUUCAAACUAUGAUGAUAGUAAUGAAAUGCCAAAGCUCAAGCCAAAAGAAGAAUACAUUGAAGAUAUGAUCUGUAUGAUCGAUAGAGAACUGGGAGACAAACAAGAAGACAACAGAAGCUGUAUUUAUGAUUCACUGAAUUUUGAACUAUUCGAACUGAAGUCUGGCACUGGUGGAAGCAAUGAAGUAGUUGUUUGGGAUGAAACAUGCUCACAUCAUGAUGAUUCAUCUGUAAGAUUGAGAAACGAGGCUGGCUCGGUUGAUAAAAAUCCCGUGGCUAAAGAAGCAGUGGCUGCAGCAUUUCCAAUGGAUGAAACCUACUCACCUCAUGAUGAUUCAUCACUAAGAUUGAGAAACGAGGCUGGCUCAGUUGAUAAAAGUCCAGUGGCUAAAGAGGCAUGUGACUGCAGCAAUUCCGAUGGAUGAAACAUGCUCAUGUCAUGAUGAUUCAUCACUAAGAUUGACAGGUGAGGCUAGUUUAGUUGAUAAAGCUCCAGUGGCUAGAGAAGCAGUGACUAUAGCAAUUCCAUUUGAUGCAUAUAAGUUUGAUGGGACUGAGAAAAAUAACUCUU